GCGGCUGCUGCCAAAGGGGAAGUGAGUUGGAGCUGGAGCGAUGGCCGGGGGCUGGAUCCCGCGGCUGCCUCCGCCGCCACUAGCGCGUCGAGAGCAGCCCUGGACGCAGCCGGAGCUGGGGCCGGAGUCGUGGCCGGAGUGGAGGCGGCACGUGUGAGUUGCCAAGAGUCGCUGGUGUCGGAACACCUCAAACUCUGGGCGGGAGCGCUUCAGGUGGGCUGAGCCGCCGUCGUCCCUCCGCACCGCGCCCCCUAGGCCCAGACCGCAGGGCUGGGGUCUCCCCAGACGCUGGACUGGCUCCUCUCAAACCGAGCCGUCUGAGCGAGGCUCUGGGUCUCUCUCGGUUUCGGGCUUCCUUCAGACUCGGGACGGAGGCCGAAGGACAGUGAGCACCCCAGACCCGGGGCAAUUUCUCGGCGCCCAGGCUGUGUGCGGGUUGGAGCGGCCGGGAGCCCCCUCCUGCUGCCACCUCUCCAACUAGGGAGGGACUAGCUGCCCGGUUCCGCGUCUCUCCCUCUCCUCCCAUUCAAGAACACGUUUCUUUUCCCUCUCCAUUGGAAAUCCUGCCCCGGAAGUCCAAAACACAUCUGUAUGUCCUUCCCCAAUUCUUGGGUCACCCUUAGAAAUAUUAUCUACUUAUCAGGGCUGAGAGUCGCUCAUUAUUGACUUGGUUUUUUAAAUCCCUUUUGGGAGACAAAAGUGACCCUUUUAUCACCCUUUCAACUAACACUCCAUGCCCAGGACCUUAUCCAUUUGGAUCACCAGCUCCCUGGCCAUCUCUAGGUGACUUCCCCCAUCCAUCUGAGUUCCAGUUUCCUCUGGGCUCCAAUCUCCAGUCCCCAGCGGAUCUGGUCAGUCCCACCACUGGGUGGGAGUGAUCAGGGGGCUCUGGCCCAGGCUCCCCCACCCUGGAAGGCAGUUCCAAGGUAGCAAGAGAAUUGGGCGUCGGGUACGAACCCGGCAGCUCAGGAGUGGGUGCUCCACUCACUCCACACAAGAAGAUGAAAAAGCGCAAAGAGCUCAAUGCAUUGAUUGGCUUAGCUGGGGACAGCCGAAGAAAGAAGCCCAAGAAAGGCUCAGGCCACCGCCUGCUGCGCACUGAGCCUCCUGACACAGACUCUGAGUCCAGCUCUGAGGAGGAAGAGGAAUUCGGUGUAGUUGGAAGUCGGUCUCGCUUUGGCAAGGGAGACUAUUUACGAUGCUGCAAGAUCUGUUACCCGCUCUGUGCUUUUGUCAUCCUUGCCGCCUGUGUCGUGGCCUGCGUCGGUUUGGUGUGGAUGCAAGUUGCCCUCAAGGAGGAUCUGGAUUCCCUCAAGGAAAAAUUUAGAACAAUGGAAUCUAAUCAGAAAAGCUCAUUCCAAGAAAUUCCCAAACUUAAUGAAGAACUACUCAGCAAACAAAAACAACUUGAGAAGAUUGAAUCUGGAGAGCUGGGCUUGAACAAAGUCUGGAUAAAUAUCACAGAAAUGAAUAAGCAGAUUUCUCUGUUGAAUUCUGCAGUAAACCACCUCAGAGCCAAUGUUAAGUCAGCAGCAGACUUAAUUAGCUUGCCUGCCACUGUAGAGGGACUUCAGAAGAGCGUAGCUUCCAUUGGCAAUACUUUAAACAGUGUCCAUCUUGCUGUUGAGGCAAUACAGAAAACUGUGGAUGAACAUAAGAAAGCUGUGGAGUUACUACAACUACAGAGUGAUAUGAAUCAGCACGCCUUAAAGGAGACCAGUGGAAGCAACCAGGUCAUUCCAUCACCUUCAGCUCCAUCAGAACUUGACAAUAAAACCCGCAAUGAGAAUUUGAAACAGAUGGGUGAUAGAGCUGCCACUCUGAAGAGAGAAUCUUUGCAUCAGGUGACCAACAGAACAGAUACAGGAAAAACUCAAAACAUAAAGAAAGAAGAUAGUUCAGAUGCUCAGGUAUCCAAGCUAAGAGAGAAACUGCAGCUCAUCAGUGCUCUCACAAACAAACCUGAGAGCAACAGGCCUCCAGAGACCGCCCAUGAAGAGCAAGUACAGAGUUUCACAUCAAAGCCAUCAGCAUUGCCAAAAUUUCCACCGUCUCUUGGAGACCACAUUGAGAAAGCCACCCAGCUAAGACCUAUCUCCCUACCAGGAAUUUCUAACAUCGGAGAUCUUCAGGAUUUAUUCCACAAGACUGGCCAGAACAUGGACGGGAAGCUGACCUACCAGGAAAUCUGGAACUUGUUAGGUUCUGCCAUGCCAGAACCAGAGCGUUUGAGAGAGUUUGAUGCUGAUGGAGAUGGAAGAUACUCAUUCCUGGAGCUAAGAGUAGCUUUAGGUGUCUAGCCUCAUCGGGCAUAUUUAGGAAGGGAUAUGAUGUAUACCCCAGACUACCUAAUAUCUACUCACCUAACAAAAACAACACUUUUAUUUACCCGUCAGUCCUCUAGUCCUUCAUACUGCGGUAGGAGACACAUUGCCACCUUUUAACUUGUUUGAAAAAGCUAUAUAAAAAUUAUUUUUUUAAAAAAGAAGACCAUUUUACUUAUGAUAUUCAGAAAUCUAUGAUUUCCUGAAACCAAUAAGAUCUUAAUUUUAAAAUUGCCAGAAAAAAAGACCUUUCUUUCUCUUUCCUUUUUUUGAGGGGAGACCACCUUAUCUUUUAGAACUGGAAAAUGUGUAUAUAGAGAGAAUAAGCCACUUUUUAUAUUUCACAUAAAUUUGCCUUAAAUUAGCUGCACUUUAUACAGACUCAGAAAAUGUCUUAAUAGACUUUUUCUGUUUGUAAAUAUUUAAAAUGAAAGAAUUGUGUAUAUUUUGUGGGAAGUAGGAGGCAUAGUUUGAAAAAGGAUGUGAACAAAUGACUUGUUAUUAAAACUCGCUGAUCUGAUCUGGUAGUGGCUGAAACUAUGUCCAACGUCUCCUUCGGGCAUCUCCUUUAGGUGAUGCCAUGGGAUUUGGCCUGGUGGCUGGGGGAAUAGAUUUAGGGAGUGAACCCUGGGGACAGUGCCACCUCCAGGCUCAGGAAAGUAAGAUCUGGCUCUGUGUCGCUAUUACCUUAGCUUAUCCCAACCUGUGAACCAGAGAAGUCUUGUUGGGGAUUUUUCUCAUUUUUAAGCCUAUUUCAAGGUUUAUGAACAUAAAAAGUUAUCCAGUGGGUAGCUACAUUUUCCCCCUAAAUGAGCUGGAUUAUCUUCCCACACACACACACUCCAGUCUAUCUUAAAGCUGUAGCUGACUUCCACCUCUUGAUACUGUCUCCAUUCUGAAUGGCAAGGUUGAAGUCCCUUGGCUUUAGAGGAGAGCUGUGCCUCUAAUUUUGACCCAGGAAACUCCUUGAGAUUUUACCUGGGGGCCAGCCAAGAACCUAAUAUGUUGUCUGUGGGCUAAGGCCAAAAAGGUUGUGAACAUACUAGGUUUCUUAUAAUUUCAGGUCGGAAAUAGCUCGAGGCUAUGUCCGGAGGAUGCCAAACAAGCACACAGGCCUGAAACAUUGGGUUUCAUGUGAUAGUAGUAAGUUUUUUCAAAUCUAACAUAAGCAAGUGCAAUUCUUUUCCCUUCAAAUGUUUCUGUAGGCCUGGUACUAAAGGACUCUGGACUGGAAGGAAUUAUACCUCCAUGUCACCUGUGUGUGCGUUGUAUUGUUCUCGGAUGCAGUCUUUGGACAACACAAAAGGAAAAAACUUUGCAAAACUUAACUGUACUGUAAGCCAAGUCAGGGAAAAACUAGAGACACUUUCAUGGCACUGACUUCUUGAGUGGAGCUCAUUUCCAUUUUAACUUUGUCCAAGUUGCCUGUUUAGCCAUGGACACAGUCAAACACCCUUAACUAUUUAAGGGUUGGGUUUUUGUUUGUUUUUUUCUUUCUUUAUAUGUUAUUCAGCUUGAUGUUGGCUAACCUUGAGGGGCUUUUUUUCCAGAAGUAUUAAAAUUUAGUUAAAGCAAGAUGAAGUCUUUUCCCAUGAAUGUGUCUGCUUACCUCAUUAUGGCUUAUGCUUCUUUUUAAAAAACAGACAUUUCCCUUGCCCAUCUGAGCUAUUUCACUUUCUUGGAAAGGUUAAAAUAUAGUAUAAAAUUAGCCUGGCACUUUAGGUAACUUGAAGAUUACUCUUCUGGCUGCCUUCCAUGCCCACCCCCCUUUUCUAAUGUAUACACCCUUACGGACUUUGUAACAACCAAAUAACAUUCUAGCAAUAAAUUGAAUUAUACUGCUAUAUUUGUAUAUACUGUACCCUAAAUAGUAUGUCUGUACCUGGAAGGUAUUUUUUUGAGAACUGAUUUAUAUGAAAUAUACUUGAGGGUAAUGUAGCUUGUCCUUUUUAUUUUCAAAUUCUUAUUCAUAGGCAGAUACUUUGAGGACACCUUAACUCUUUGUUGUACUUUUCUUUUGUAUCCGAGGGCUAUCCAUGGAGCAGUUGGUUUUCUUUUAUCAUCUUCUCACCUCCAGCUUGUCUGGUUUGCAUAAUCCCUGAGGCAGGUGUGUAGUACCGUCCUCUCCCCCUCCCAAAUUUGGCAGAGGUAUUCCUGCUACAUUCUCAGACCUAUGAAUACCCUUCUCGUGCUUCCUAGGAAAGUGCCCUAUCUCCCAGGCAGAACUAGGGCAUCUGGAACUCCUUUGUUUUAAGUUGAGCAGACUCAUUGGCUUAAGAAAAGAGCCUCAUAAGCCUAUUACUCCGUGUUAAUUUGGGAUUUUUAUUUGUAAAUUGUCUUAACUUACCCAACGUAUAAUUGUGUUUAACUAUAAUCAAGCUUCACCUUCCACAUCUCAGCUCUGAGAGUAAGAUUGAGUAAUAAUGGUGAGUUUGGUUUUGGUUUUGGUUUCAAAUACUUGGACCUUGUCACUCUGGCAGCUCCUACUGCUGCUUUCCUAAAUUACCCAAAGCACUCUUUCUUGGUCCUUUUUUUCUUUUGCCCUGUAUUUUCUGGCAUAAUGUUUACUUAGAGGGCCUCCUUAUAAAUCAGAGGCAAAAAGGUAUUGUAGAAAGAGAUGAAUGGAAAGAAGAGAGAACCCAACUUAGGGAAUGACUGUAGUGUUGUCUUAUGGGCAGAGGACGACCUAGCACUUAGGAAAGUGUCUGAAAAGGCAAAGCUGUCGAGUGGACACCCUUCACCUACUGCUAGCUACUUUCCCUCCCGUUAGUGUUUCCUCACUUUACGUGGCUGGGCCGAACCCCUUUGGUGCCCCGCCCCCCCGCCCCGCUGGUUUUGCUGGUCACAGUUGAAGAUUUUGACUGUGAUGGGCUCAUACUCAUAAUGGCCUGCUGUUGGGUUGUUUUUAGUGACAGCUUUCGUUUGAUACACACCUCAUUGGCUUGCUUACCAACACCAGCUAGACGCAGUCCCUUCUUUCAUAUCCAAACCAGAACACAUUUGGGUAUUCCUGAGACUUUAUAGAGCAUGUAUUGUUUGUUAUGUGAACCUAACCUACCUUGUUGUUUUCUCACAUUAAAAAAUGUCAAUCUA